AUGAACGAUAACGAGUACGACUCUGCCAACGGAAUGGAAGGCACUGGUCCUCCCACCCGAUUUGUGGGUGGUGAUGACGAUGAGACGAACAACAUGUCGGAAGUCUCGAUGAAUCUGAGUUUUCUCAUGGAAGAGGCGUCCUUGGGCAGUUUUCCUGCCUAUGCUGCUGGUAUGCCCUACACUCCUAGAGGUCAAGGUCAGGCUAACCCUAACCAUCAGGAGCCUCUGGCAGAAGAACAAGAAGAAGAGGGCACUUCCACUGAAGAGCCACAAGAGGAAGAGGAUGAUGACGAAGAAGACUAUGAGGAAUCUUAUCAAGAGUCCUAUUAUCAUCAGGGCGAUGACUCUCCCACCAGUGAGAACUCGACAAUGAUACGAGUUUCUCUCCAGCCACGCCAAUCCAGAGACUCUAUGAGUCAAAGUUUUUUGGAACAGGGCAGUGCUCAUCCCUCGGACGAGCCAAGCAACUACGAAGACGCAGGAGAAAUGGAGGAUGUCGAUCUACUCAAGGAUGCCAGUAAAAAAGAAGAACACAACGAUUACAAUGAUGACGAUGAAGAAAGUCGAAAUCUCGACUCCAUCAUGAGCGAUUCUCAGCAGGAUGAACCAUCCACCGUCGAUAUGGCCGAACAGAACGAAAAAAAGGUCCGACAAUCCCUUCUCUUUGCCAUUCUAUCCGCUUGUGGACUGCUCCUCUGCAUGAAAUUAAUUUCAAAAUUGGUUCAAAAAUGCAUGGGAAACGGGGAACCCAGCGCAGAAGAACUGGCACAAGAAGCCGCAGAGGCAGCGGCCGAUGAGGUCGCUGGGAAUGCCAGAACCGCCAUGCUCCUACAAGCACAGCAACAAUCUGUGGCCAAUUUGGGGAAUCCCACCUAUCUGGCACUCCAAGGGGCUACACAGAACAUGGCCACGGCAGCUGCUCAAGGUAUGGCUACCUCGGCAGCAGCCGGAAGUUCCGCUGCGGUUGGUACGGCAACGGCGGCGGCCGUUACCACAGGGAUUGUGGGACAGGCACUGGCAGGUGUGGCCACGGCCUCACUCGCCACACAAGUUGCUGUGGCCGUCGGAGCUGCUGCCAUUGUCACCACUACUGCGGUUUCCACUGGAAUGGUCAUGAUGAGUGCCAUGGAAACCACCAACAGUACCAAUGUCACCACCGCAGUGAACGGAACCAGUCUUAUCAACGGCACACUCCUUGUGGAGCAUGGCGCUGGGCUUGGUCUCGGCAAGAAUGGGACAGCUAGAGAUAUUGACGAUGUGGCGGGCGCUCUUGGUGAUGUCUUUGAUGACAUCCUUGGGAAUGAGUUCAAUGGCACUGCUGCCAACACCUCCAACCUUCCAAACAUGACAGGAGGAGGCCCUUUGGAUAAUGACCUUGAUGAUGUCGUCAUUGACUUGAAUGAAUCUGCCUACAGCUGGUCCAUGUCUGUGUGUCCUGGCUUUGAAGAAGUCACAGAACUGAAAGAAGGCAUCACGAACUUGGUUCUUCAGGGCCUCCCUCUGGGAUUUGUGGAAGCCAACCAAGCCCGACUCGAAGAACUAUUCAAGCUCAGCUACAAUGCUCUCUCAGGAAUGUGCAGUGGAGACUUUCUACGAGUGGCCCACAAUGUCGAAUUGACAGAUAUCAAUAGUGUCCAGGCUGGCCCAACCAUGCUCUUCACGUACACAAAAUGGAAGGUUACAAUGACUUGUGUGGGAUGUCCUGAUCAGAAUUGCUUGUUUGGUGGUUCAACUGGACCCAGUGAAGUCGCAAUGGAGAAGAACGGUGUCGGCAAGACACGUUCUCUGCAAAGUGGCAUCUCAUUGCUCUCCAACAACCGUUUGUAUUCCGACUUUGUCGAGGCCUUCAUCUUUGAAAUCGAAGAAAACUUCCCAAUGGGACCUGAACAAGAACAAGGUCCAGACAGAGGCGGGGAACCAACUGUUCGACUGUUUUAUGGUUCUGUUGUGGAUCCUAAUGAUGAAGACAAGAUUGUUGCAGAGACCAGUGUAAAUGCAGAGACUGCAGACAUCGUAACAGCAGCCUCAGGGGCCCCCUCUGCAGCGCCUAUUGAAAGCUAUUUCACUGCUUAUACCGCGGCACCCACAGAGGCCCCCACCCUGUCCACCCAGCCAUCAAAUGCUCCUUCGGAUGCCCCAAGCAAGUCGCAAGAGCCAACUACAGCGCAUUCUUUGAGUCCAAGCAAAAGCAGUGAUGCCCCAGCAGCCGUGCCAGUCGCAGCAUCACCGACUACAGCAAUGCCCACAGAAACGACUGAUUCAAAAGCUGGUAGUGGUGCACCAACUGGAACAGGUGCUGCUGCCAAGGCAUCCCCAACAACACAUGAGCCGACCCCAUCUGCCCCAACAACACAAGAGCCAACCCCAUCUGCCCCAACAACUGCAGAACCUACCACCCAGGCACCAUCGAAAAAUACACAGCCAGGAGCAUCCACAUCAAGACAAACUGGUUCACCUGGUGACACAAAUGGCCAAGCUCCAACCUCUGCCAUCCCUACCACUUUCAGCCCAACAACUGCUGGCUUCACUCCUGGUGCCCCAACAACUGCUAGCCCCUCUCGUGAUGCCCCAACAACUGCUAGCCCUUCUCCUGAUGCCCCAACAACUGCUAGUCCUACUCCUGGUGUCCCGACUGUUGCUGGCCCCACCCCUGAUGCCCCAACAGCUGCUAUUCCUACUCCUGAUGCCCCGACCAUUGCUGGCCCCACCCCGGAUGCCCCAACAACAGCUGGCCCCACUCCUGACGGCCCAACUUCUGGAGGCCCAACCAGUGCAGGUCCCAGCACGAGCAACCCCACGACCACCAGCCCCACCACAAUCGGACCAACUACAGCGAGUCCCACUACUGGAUCACCUACGGGAACUCCUUCCACAGCCAGUCCCACAACUUUGGUUCCAACAGUGACUGAGGGAAGUCCCAGUGCUUCUCCAACAACUUUGAAUCCCUCUGCACCGCCAACGCCAGCACCAACUGGCCAACCCACUCCAGCUCCUACAGGACAGCCUACACCCUCUCCAACAGCAGCCCCCACAUCUAGGCCAACCAACCAACCCACCCCACUGCCAACAUCAGCCCCCACACCAGCACCAACAGGCCAACCUACAGAAGCUCCAACUAAGCCACCAACUACAGGAACACCAACAGUAACAGCAGGACGGCCCAGUAGUAGCCCCACAACAUCUUUUCCAUCAACACAAGUGCCAACUGGUGCCCCUACUUGUGGCUAUACAUCCGUCACCACCACAUACUACAUGGGGUUCACCAACGACAUCUCUUCUGUCCAAGAUGAUACUUUGACUUCAAAUUUUGUCAGGGCUAAUGAUUUCGUAACGGAAACAACGUGUGCUGCAAUUGUGACCAAUGUAACGAUAACACAGAAGAUUGGCAGGCGAAAACUGCAAGUUGGAAAUGCAAACUUUCAUCUGGAACUUUCUGUCACAGUGGAUGAGACAAGUGCUAAUCCCUUUUUGGGGAGUGCCACACAAAGAGCCGACUUUGUUGCUGCCUUUUCUAGCCUAACAGGAACAUCAGGAGUUUAUAUCAGUGAGACCCUGAUCACUGGAAGCCCAACCACAAGCAGCCCAACGACUGCCGGUCCCACAGUCACUCCUGGUAGUCCCUCAGCUUCUCCCACCACAGCUGGCCCAACAACCUCAGGUCCCACAGUCACUCCUGGUAGUCCCUCAGCUUCUCCCACAACAACUGGCCCAACAACAGCGGGUCCCACAGUCACUCCUGGUAGUCCCACGGCUGCUCCCACAACAGCUGGCCCAACAACUGCAGGUCCCACAGUCACACCUGGUAGUCCCACAGCUGCUCCCACAACAGCAAGCCCAUCGACUGCCACCCCUGCAACUGCACACCCUCAACUGUUACGCCUUCAACUGCAACACCGACCACAGCAGGCCCGACAACUCUGGGUCCAACAGUGA